ACGAGAUUCACAUGCCAGCGACAUCUGAGCAAAGUGAGUGGGUAUUCUCCAAAGCUGGAGGUACGGAGCCACAGGAGCAGAUUAAAGUGCUGAGAAAACCUUUUAUUUAAAUCAAGGUUGUAAAAACACAAAUCACGGAAGCUCCAGCAACAAUAUACUGUUAAUACAAUUUACUAUCAAACAUAUUUCCACAUCUACUCUACCUGAUACUGAUCCACAGACAAAGAAGUUACGCACCUUUGGCAAAAUAACGUUUAUCUAAGAAUAAGACAAACGUGGACUGUUAGAAACCACCACGUAUCAACGAGGCUUUGUUGCUGUGUCAAAGUGAUUCGGUGCUUCUUGAAUCUUCCUUCACUAAUUCUAGGCCGACCCUUUGCUUUUUCAUCUGACUUCCGCCUAAUGUCACGUGACAUUUGACUUCGCGCGUCUGCUAACAUGUGAUUGGAUCUGACGCGAGGACCCACACGCCUUCACUGAGGCGACCACGCGCCGCCUGUUAAAAACGUUCAGCUUUAAUCAUGUCGCAUUUCAGUUUAACUCACAAUCUUCCGCCAGUUGUGAAAUCACAGCCCGACGUGAAUUAAGUGUCACUUUAUGUUUUAAGUUUUCUCGGUUGUUUUUUUGUCUGUGUGCUCGUCUCCACUUUCACUUUCACGUUAAAUCAACAUGAGGGAGAAGCUGCUGAUGCUGCUGUUCUUCUGUCACGGAGCGUCUGCAGACGCUGCCUCUCCCUCCUCUCCAAGCUGCUGCCAGGCUUCGGGUUCGUGUCCUGACAGAACCGAGUCGCUGUGGACUAACGGUGAUCAGAUCCAUGAGGAGGUGGACCGUGAAGAGGGUCUGUCCGUCCCUGAUGGAGCCGUCCAGGUCGCUGACGACUUGGACCUUUCAGUCAAACCUGAAGUGAAGCACGACAUCCCCAGAGCAGAGCAGCAAACGGGUCCUGGAGGUUGUGGUUUAGUUUCAGCAGAUGUCAUUGGAAUCGUUGUUGCUGUUGCUCUUGCUGUUUUGUUUAUCUUCAUCAUCAUCAUUGGAUUCAUCACUUUCAGAACCAAAGUCGACAACAAGCAGCUCCACAGCUCUAGAGAAUUUCUUGUGCUCAUGAGAGACCAGCAGCCUCUGGAAGCAGGUGGUGACAAAGGAGAUGAUGAACUGGACUCAGGAUUCAGCACCAGAUAGUUUAUGAUGACAAUGUUUAACAACGACAACCAAGGUUCUGAUCUCUGCUGAAGCUGCCAAUUAGUUAAUGGGUCAAACUGAUGGAACCAGUGAAGCACUGAUGCUGCUGGACCUGAACCUGAUCACAUGAAGCAGCUUCUCAGUGAUAAACCUAAAAACACAAAAGCUCAUUGUAACGUGUCCCAACAGAUGAUUUUUGUAACAUUACAUAAUAUUUCCUGUCUUUUGCCUAGUUUUAGCGUUUGCGUUUUAAAUAGUUUACAGAUCAUUCUGUUUCUUUACAUUUCACGUAGUGUUGGAUAUUUUAAAUGGGUCUUUAUUUUCAAUUUUCUUCAUGGAAGUUAUUGGUGUAAAAAACGUUUUCCAGCUGCUUGUGCAGAUGUUUUAGUGACGAAAAACACAACCAGCAAAAAGAAAACUACAAAACACAGCAGGCACACGUCUGUAAGUGACAGCAUUUACUUUUUACUAUUACAUGAUUAUAUAUUUAAAAGUCACACAGUAUCUUGUUAAUAUUUAGUGUCAUGUGAAUUUAAAUUAAUUUGGAUUCAAAACAGUGUUUUUAUGCUAAACAAAAUUAAAAAUACCUUUUUUAAAUGACUAUGUUUUGACACGAUGUUUUCUACUGGUCAUUAUAUGAUCAGACUGUUUCACUGCGAGUCAAUUCAUUUAAAUCUGAUUUAAACCAUCGGAACAUUUAUUGGAUCCAUUUGUUUCAGCCGUGUUUCAGUCAAUGAUCUGUUUGGACCAGAACAGAAGGGCGUUGUUUUACCCAGAGACUACAUUUCCGU